AUCUUAAAUUUAAUUGAUAUAGUUAACAGGAGCAAGAGCAAAGUGUUACCAGGACAAUGUUGACUUCUAUAAGAAUAGAAUAAAGUCAAGACCACUGCCAGGACAUAUGAUUGAAGACAUGUUGAAGUGGAAAGGGAAUUAUGAAAUGCUUGAAAAGAACCAAAACUACAUUCAAUGGCUAUUUCCUGUACCAGAUAAUAACAGCAUUAACACUAAUGCCCAGCAGCUGUUUGAACAUGAAGCAAAGCUUAUAAGAGAAGAUGAUGGGGCACAAAGGCGAGUUUUGAAGGCCUUUAUGAUGAUGCUGGACUUCUAUGGGAUGAAGUUAAAAGACAGUAAGCAUGGACUUGUGACAAGAGCAGAUAUAGGCUGGCAAGAUAGAUAUGACCAUCUUAACAGGUCUCGCCACAAUCUAUCACGCAUAACACGUAUUUUGAAGUCAUUGGGCGAACUUGGUUAUGAACGCUAUCAAGCUCGUUGGGUUGAAUUUAUUAUUGAUGAAGCAAAGAUUAAAGGGCUUUUGCCAAAUCUUAAUGGUCCAUGCCUAAUGCAUUGGGUUAUAACAGUGAAAGAUGACAGGGAACGAGAAAUGUUGUAUAGAAAGGCAGUCGGUUCAGAUAUAGAUGAAAAUGAGGCACAGUCUGUUUGGAAAUCUGAAGGUGAAAGAAACGAGAAUGGUGGUGAUUUAAAAGCUGAAAGAACUAAUCUUUCGAUUGAAACUAAUUUAUCUAGUAAGGUAAAUCAUGGCAAAGCUGUAACUGAAAAGAAAGAUGAUCUGCAGCGUAAAAUGUGCGAAAGCAAAGCAACUUAUUCGCACAUUGACACAUCUGUUGAUUCCACGACAAGCAGUCUAUCAUCAAAACUACAAAUUGUAAAACCAUUGCUUGGUGCUAAACCAAGUAUGGAAAGGCCAAACAAACAACAAGUAACAGACGACUAUGAAAAAGGAUCAGAUGAAGUAUCUUUAAAUUAUAAAGAGACAUACCAAUAUCAUAAUCAAGAAAGAGAAGCAAGUGAUAACUUGAAAUUUUACCAAAAUAAAAAACUUUCGAGACCAAAUCCUGGUUACACCAUAGAGACUAUGUUACAUUGCAAAGGGGACCAUCUGUUCUUCGAAAUGUAUCCUGGCUUUAUUCACUGGUUGUUUCCAAUUCCUUCCUCUGUUGGUGUAAACGAAGAGGUACAGGUGUUACACAAUCAUGAAGCUAAGGCAAUACGUGAGGAUAGUGUACUUAGCUCUAGAGUUUAUGAUGCAUUUGAUGUUCUGUUAGAUUUUUAUGGAAUGGAGCUAUAUAAUGAUAUCAAAGGGAAAUUCAAGCGGAAGAAGCGAACUUAUAAAGAAAGAUAUGAUUAUUUGCAAAGUUAUCCUUUAGAAAGUUAUCGAAGAAUCACACGAGUCCUUGUAUCCAUAGGUGAACUAGGUUUGGAAAGAUUUCAGGUACCUUGGAUUGAGUUUCUCAUUAAAGAAGGCAUAGAGAAUGAACUUUUCCCAACUCUUGAUGGACAAAGCAUUAUGCACUGGAUCGCUUCUAUAAAAGACGAAGAGGAGAGACAAGAAAUGUUUAGAAAGUAUCAGAAAUUAGCAGGACACAGGCCUACUGUAACUUGGAAUGUUGAUGAACAUAGGCCCAAUGAUUACGAUACAAACUUGAGGUCUCAUGGCAAUGCUACCAGAUACUACAUAGAAGCUGAAGGUGGUUUUCAUUAGUAGUUUGUUUUUUAAGAAAAAGUCGAGCUUUUAUGAUUGCUGUGUCAUCAUUGUCGUUGUAUUGCAAAAACUUUAAAAGUUACCAACAUGAAACUUGGAAAACUUGUUUAUCUUGACAAGGUGCAAUUGUUAGACAAGGGGCAUGAUUCUGUAAGCUAUAUUUUGAGUAAUGCCUCUUUUCCACUUGUCAAAACUGGUUAUUUUAAAAGAUGAGUGUUAACAAAAAUGAUACAUCAUUAUCGUAAAAGAAGUGUACCAGCUUAUCAAAUAAAAAGGAAGACAUUUUCAACCCAGUGUCAGAACUGAUAAAAAUGGAGUUUUAGUACUGGAUGUUAACACUUUUUUAGCUCACCUAAGCACAACGUGCUCAUGGUGAGCUGUUAUGAUCCUCCUCAUGCGUCGGCGUGCAUUGUCAGCAAUUUCUUUAAACAACAUCUCCUCUAACACCAAUGACUGCACAGUAACACAAAUGGUUCCGGUCUGUUGCAUAAGUAGGUCAAGGGGCUAGAAAAGGAGUUUAAAAAUGCAAACUUAAAAAAUCUUCUUGUUUGAAGGUUCAAGGCUUAGAGCUUAGGUAUUUGGUAUAUAAUAUCAUUUUUAGGUCCUCUACCAAAGUUGUUCAAAUAAUAGCCCUGGGGUCAAAAUUGGCCUCGCCCCAGGGGUCAUAGGUUUUAUAUAUUGUAUAUAGUAAAAACUUAAAAAACCUUCUCCUUUAAAGUGACAAAGACUAGAGGUUAGAUAUUUGGCGUGAAGCAUUGUGUAGUGGAACUCUACCAAAAUUGUUCAAAUUAUAGCCAUAGGGUCAAAAUUGGCCCCGUCCCAGGGUCAUAAGUGUAAAAUAAGUCAUUUAUGACAAUUUAUUAUAUAACUAUUGCACUGAACAAAAAGGUUGUACGUUUUUGUCAUUUUAUUGCUGGAAUAGAAAUAUGAUUACAUUUGAAUGUAAAGGUUUUGCGUUUACACUUGUUUUAAUGUUGUUUUUUUUUCCGUUUUUUCCUCAGACAAGUGUCAAUAAUUUAUGUUGUAUAUGGCUGUGACAUUGUUUAAAGCUUUCAGACAAACAGAAUUUUUCAUAUUUUAUUUUCAAUAUGUUGUAUUUGCAAAUUUUUGCUGUAGUUGAAUGUGUUGAUAUAGAAUAACUGCUAGUAUUUGUUAAAUCGUAGUUAAAAAGCUUUGUCUGAUGGAGAACACUGCAGAUUUGUGAUACCUGCUAUUUGUGUAGACCAAAAUAUUACCAGCCUAAUGCAAUAGGGUUAUUAUUAAAACAUAUAGAUGUUAACUUAUAUUUGACCGAAUUUUACUAGAAUUGGAUCAGCUGGAUUGCUAAAUACGUGUGAUACAUGCUUGCAAAAUCUUUGAUAUACUCCCCAAACUGCUUGUAUUUAAACUUUAUUGUAUUUAACAAUAUUUUAAUGACAUUACGCUUUGAAAUAAAUUGAUUUUUCUUCACAAUGGGCGUUGUAAAAUAUGUAUGUACAAAUUCAUAAUAUACGCAACAUAUCAUUAUGCAUUUAAAACAUCAUUAAUAUAUUCUACUUGUACAAAUUUCCAUUGUUUAUUAAGACUUGUUUUUAAAUUUUUUGAAUGCCGGAAGUGUUAGCUUAAAUAAAUAUUUUUAAAGGAUUAUUGUUUUAUUAUUAGUUUAAUGAUAAUAAUCAUAUAAAAUUACUUGAAGAACAAUGAAGAAAAAUGAUUUCUUUAAACAUUUAAAAAAAGUAAAGCAUGGUUUGAUAAAUUGUACGUUUAAUAUGGAAUAAAUUCUUGAAGUUAUCAGAUAAACAUGAAAGAAAAAGUGAUAUUAUUUGGCACAUUAGGGUAAAACCGUAUAUAUUAUUAUGAAAUAAGCUGUAUUUAAUAUUUAAGCUUGCAUGUUUGUUUCAUAUGCAUGCAAAAGUAUUACUUAAUGUCAUAAUUGCUUUGUAAGGUAUAUUUUGCAUGUUAAGUAUAAAUGAAGCUGUUAAGUACUAAAAGUGUCCGUAUACGCCGCUGUUUAGUAUUAAAAGUUUCCGUAUACGCCGCUGUUUAGUACUAUAAGUGUCCGUAUACGCCGUUGUUUAGUACUAAAAGUGUCCGUAUACGCCGCUGUUUAGUACUAUAAGUGUCCGUAUACGCCGCUGUUUAGUACUAAAAGUGACCGUAUACGCCGCUGUUUAGUACUAUAAGUGUCCGUAUACGCCGCUGUUUAGUACUAUAAGUGUCCGUAUACGCCCACCACAUAAUAUAAAUUGUAAUCAUGUCGCACAUAAAUAUACAAUGUACCAGAUUAAUAAUCACUCAGUCUAAAGUCACAGAGAUUUAGAUAUCAAGGUCAAUAGUACUAAACAGCUUCAAUCAAGUGAUUUUGUUACCAAUUUACUGUUUUUAUAAUUCACGAUUUUACCUAAAAUCAUUACGAUGGAUGCGUUCACAUUAUCAUAAAAUACAAACUUACAGAAUUUGUGAUUAUUAGCACGUAUAAUAUGUAAUAAUUUACUUUUAUUCAUUAAAGAAUCUUUGUCUCUACUGUAGAUUUAUAUGUUUUAAAAGAAAUAUGUCAAAAGUUUUAAGAAAAAUACAAAAUUUAUUUGAUAUGCAGUUUAAAUAAAACUGGCGAAUUCAUUUACAUGUAUGUCUGUCGAUUUAAAUGUUGUUUUUAUUUAUUAAAAUUAUCAUAUUUUUAUAGGCCUAAGUCUUUUGUUUGGUAAGAAAGUUAAGCAUUUUUCAUAUUUCAACAUACCAUUCUUUAAUUAGUAUUGUUUUACUGUUAUAAUUUAUCCUAUAAAGUUAAAAGAAAUAAACAUUUUUUGUUAGUUUAUUCACUG